AUUUUGAAUUGCAGUGACUGUCACGGAUUAAAACGCGGCGACACGAAUCGAUCGGAUAGUGUUUACAAUAGAUAACAUAUCAAAUGUCUUUACGAAUGGAGUGUAUUGAAUUAUGAUAGUCGGGUGUAAAAGAAAAUAUUUAUAUAGGACCAGUUUAUGAAAUAUUUAACUUGUUAAACUGCUUCAAUAUCGAUGUGCUUUUAACAAACAAAUAACUUUAAGUUGUUUUUAUUUGAAGAACCGGAUACUAGCAAAUACUUCUGGCGUAUAUGUAGUAAAACUUGAUAGUUUGAAUAGUGUAGAUGUUCGAAAAUUGGAUGACUGAUAUAAUUCAUGGUCUGAACGUUUGAUUAUAAUAUCAUUUGUGAAAAAUAACCAUAAACAUGGAAGUCGCUGGAAGAAGAGUUAUUGAUGAUGAGGGAGAUAUUGUUGAAGAAACUGACAUCGAAUGUGAACCAUGCAAGGGUGAGCAUGUUGCAACCACCGCGAAUGGAAUGUGUCGUGAAUGUGAAGAAUAUAUGUGUAACACAUGUUUUCGACAUCAUUUGAAAGCUAAACAGUGUAGAAGUCACGUUCUGGUUGACACACAAAAUGUGUCUUUGAUAGCGUCUCAUAAAAGUGCUGGAAAUGUUGAGAAGUGUAAACACCAUGUUAAUGAAGAAAUAAAAUUUUAUUGUCGUAAACAUGACAUUGUAGGAUGUGGUGAGUGUAUGAUACCAGAUCACAGUGGGUGCAACGCUGAAAAUAUAAAAGGCUUAGCUAGAGGGUUUGAAGUCACUGAAGAUUUUAAAUGUCUGAGGAAAAAACUUGAAGGACUUGGGGCUUCGAAUAACGAAAACGAGAGAAAGGUCCGUGAAAACCAGAAAGCUAAUAAAUUAAUGUAUGAAAGGGCCUUGAAAGAUAUAAGAAAAUUUAGAAAAGAUGUCAACGAUUAUUUAGAUAAGGCAGAAACAUAUGUAACAAAUGAGGCAAAGGGCAUUGAAAAUAGGAAUACCAGUUUACUGACGAGGCUAGAACAGGACUGGCAACACCUCUCCUCUAAAAUUACUGAAAUUGAACAAAAACUAAACACAGAACUGUACUCGGAUAGUUCACUGUUUAUCCAGACUGUAAAUUGCAAGCCCUUAAUUCUUGCAAUUGAGCAGGAAGUUUCCAGAGUACAAACAGCAAAUUGUAUCAAAGAAUUUGAAUUUGUACCAGAAAAGCAGAUGCAGCAUCUACGUAGCUCCGUACACAAUUUCGGACGAAUUACAACUUCAGUUAGAGCAGUAAAUGCCAGUUUAGAAGCUAUGAAACUGCCUAGUGGAGGAGAAGACAAGUCUGUUGAUCUUGAGGAUGCAGCUGUGGCGAAACCCUUGGACAAGGAGAAACCUGACCUAAAAUCACUUCAGACAUUUGCUGUCGGUGCACGUGUACGUAAAUCAGGUCUAGGUUUUUGUAUGGAUCAUAGAAGUAGGCCUGGUACUGUAACUGCUAUAAAUAAAAACUAUGGUACUGUCGACGUGAAAUGGGAUGCAACAGGAUAUACUGGAAGUUAUCAUAUUUCAUUACUUCGGCUUAUUUGAACAUUUUAUCACUUUGCGUGGCAAUACUGUUCAAACUUUGUUUGACAAAUAAACUGUUUGACAAUUUUUCAUAUCCUGGAUGUUGUCACAUACAACUUAUUAGCCAAAAAUGUAUAAACUGUAUCUUAAAUACGUACACAGAGAACAACCUGUGUUAUUACUAAUGAAGGGUUUUAGGACAACUGAAACAACGUGGUGAAAUAAUUCGGUUUUCGUCAAAAUAUAGGUUGGAAAGAGAAAUAUCUUUCAUCUUUUUCUCUGUUCAACUUGCCAAACUAAGUACAAAUGUAGCACUCUCAUAGACAGGUGAUUUGAUAAUUUGACUGGAAGACUGUAUGAUUUCUAAAAUGAUUUCUGUAAUGAUAUGAUUUUUGGUCGGCUCCGUUUGGUUUUUGAAUGCUAAAAGUGGUUUAGGUUUUAUCAAAAUCUCUAACAGAUAAAGAAAGAUAUGAGUCUGGGUAUUAUAUACAUCAUCAGUCACCGCCGGAAGUAUUCCGACAACGAAAACAUCUCAGACCUAUAUAAGCGGUUGCCAAAAAAGAUCGCAUACAUUAAAUGUAAUAGACUGAAAGUUGACGGAAAAGUGUAUACGACGGGGAUAACGGUAAAGAGGAUAAACAGGAGGGCGACGUGCAAAUAUGUAUAUGGAAUUGUAACAGCUAAACGACUUUAAAGAACUUGAAAACGAUGAUUUUGUGUGGGUACAAGCACCCUACUCUAGUAAGAUCGACAUGCACAAUUAUAUUUAUAAGAAUAUGUAAAGACAGUUUCGAAAUAAAAUUGCUAAACAAAACAGCGGUGCCAUUAUGGUUUACGCUUAUAGAAGAAUAUCAAAAUUAUGAAAAAGUCAAACUGAGUGUGAUACUAUAUAUGUGCAUUAUUUUCGGAAUUGUAUAUAUAAAAAAAAUGCUAAUGCGGUGCUUAUGUAUUAGGCAACGGCUCACCGACGUACAAUAUUGUAAAUGUAAACCUGUUUGAAAUAUGGAUUUCAGAAAAUGUUAAAAGGACAUGCUUAAAACCAGAAUCUGACUGAUUAUAUACCAAAUAAUAAAAUGCAUAAUGGAAUAGA